AUAUGGUUCGGAAUACUAAAAAAAAAUGGUGCAAUAAUUGUUUUGUCCUUUUCCACUUAAGUAAAAAUAAAUAAACGACGGCAGAAACGCCGUGAGGCUACCGUCAGUCACAUUCAUCUUUUCGAAACUCCCCAACGUUCCUAUUUCUAUUCAAACACAUCAACGAGGCAACAAAACAAAUAAAUAAAACAAAAACAAAAAUCAUCUGUCGUCCUCGUCUUCUCCUGUCAAGAAUCGAAAAACCCGAAACAGAGGAAACAUCACCCACCACCAAUGGGAUGUUUCACUGGUUGUUUCGGUCUCUCUUCCAACACAAAACGCAGAAACUCCACCAGGAAGAUCCUUCCUCAUCAUCAAAGAAUCUAUAGCUAUGAGCCUCUACUCUCUUCAGAUCCGUCGGAUUCAAUCACCAAUGUAGAUAGCCCUGAAAAGAUCUCGACUUCGAACCUCAGGUGUGAGGUGGGUGCAGAGGAGAAAGGAACAAAGAAGACGAGGAAGAGAGUCAGGUUUAACUUGAAUGUGCAAACCUUUGAACCACCUCCACCAUCAAGAUACGAGAGCUAUUGCAGCGAUGAUGAUGAAGAAGAGGCAAAAGGAGAGAUAGAGAGCAGUAGAUCUGUGUAUCCUUCAAACUAUAGAUACCAUGAUUGCGAAGAUGAAGAUGAGUUGGGAUAUGGAGAGAGUGAUUUGGAAGAUGAAGACUAUAACACAGAUGAUGAAGAUGACGCUGAUGAUGAAGAUGAGGAUGAGGACCAGGACGUGACUCCUUUAUUGAAUCCAGUUGAGAAUAUUGCGCAGUGGAAAGCGGUUAAAGCAAAGCCGGUGAGAGUUAAACAGAUAAUGAAGGAGAAUGUUGAAGUGGAGAGUGAUGAUGAUCAAGCAAGACCAUUACUAAAGGAGAUCAUCGUCAAUACUAGCCUUGCCGACUGGUUGGUCUCACCAAAGACUGGUUCAGCUAAGAGAUCACCAAUUGUGGACAUCACCAACAUGGCGAAUAGAUCAAAGGUUCCACAGUAAUACAGUGUUUUGUUUGUGUUUGUAGCAUUUCUGAUUCUUUAUGUUUGAUUGGAGGUUUGUAUCAGUUUCACUAUUCAGAUUUAUUUUGAUAAAGUUGUGAUUUCUUGCAAUGUUUUGGUA